UCAAAGGUUUGCGUAAUUUGUUUGUGAUCAAAGAAAGCGUUGCACGAUUAUUUUUUUUCUUUUCUUAGUGGCAAAGUUUGCGAGAUCCAAGAACUCUCUCAUACUCUCUCUUCUGUGUUCACAUUCUCUUUUCCCAUUCAUCCAUCGCCAAGAACUGAAUCACACAAAGUUUGUAUUUUUUUCUCAUUCUAACUCCUCAAUCUUUUCCAGGUUGCUUUUUGGAAGGAACGAAGUUAGAAAGAAUGGUGAGAACGCCAAGAAGAGGAGGGCAGAGAUCAAAGGGGAUUAAGGUGAAGCAUUGUAUUCAAUUGACUCUGUUGCUUAGUGUUGGAAUAUGGCUGCUUUAUCAGAUGAAGCAUUCUCAUGAGAAGAAAUCUGAGUUUGUUGAGAGUUCUACUAAGAUUCUUGUUGAUGAUGAUGAUAACAAAGUUGUUAAGCUUGGAAGGAAAGAUAUUCUUAACCCUAGAGUUGUUGAGACGACCAAUGUGAAGGAUGAAGUUGAAGUUGAAGAUGAGAUUGUAGAUAGGGAGGAGGAAAGAAUCGAGGAUAAAGCAGUGGUAGAAGGGGAUAAUAACGAGAAGGAAACCGAAGGUAUUGGGAACGAGGAGGAUUCAAACAAUGGAGAUAGUGAGAAGAAGGUUGUUGUUGUUGAUGAGAGUGAAGAAGCUAGAGAGAUGAAUUACAAGGGAGAUGAUGCGUCCAGUGAGGUAUUGCAUGGGACGACGAGUGAGGUGAAGAGCAAUGAAAAGGUUGGUGUUGAGGAAGAGGGUAAGUCUAAGACUACUGAGAGUGUUAGUUUCCAUGAAGAUGAGUCAGGUCCAAAGACUGGUGUAUUGGUGGAGGGUUCUGUUAUUAAACAAGUUUCUUCCAACACAACUGAGAAUGGAGAGAUUGGUAGUGAUGAUGGUGAGCAGCAAGAGACAAAGAGUGAGUCUGAGUCAAAGACUGGGGAGAAGCCAGAAGGUGAGAAGGGGUUUUCUGAUUCGAACGGUGAAUUGCCUGAUGAGACUAAACAGUCAACUUCCAAUGCAACUGAGACUACAGAGACUUCUGGGAGUGAUGAGUUGGGAUCGAGUGGGAAAUCCACUGGUUAUCAACAGACGAAGAACGAAGAAGAUGAGAAGGAAAAGGUAGAAUCUUCUGAACACUCAUCUGUAGUGGAAAGCAAAGUCAAAGAAUCCGAGAAGAAAGAGAAAGAAGAGUCCUCGUCACAAGAGGAAGAACCCAAGAAAAGUGAGGAAGAAGAGUCUUCAUCUCAAGCGGAUAAUGAAACCAAAGAAGCUGUAAAACAGGAGAAAGAAGAGUCUUCAUCUCAAGAGGAGAGUAAAGAGGAACAACCUGAGGAAAAGAAGAAAGAAGAGUCUUCAUCUCAAGAGGAAAGCGAAAAGGAACAACCUGAGAAAAAGGUGAAAGAAGAGUCUUCAUCUCAAGAGGAUAAUGAAAUUAAAGAAACUGAUAAAAAGGAGAAGGAAGAGUCUUCCUCUCAAGAGGAGAAUGCAAUCAAAGAAACAGUGAAGCAGGAGAGAGAAGAGUCUUUAUCUCAAGAGAAGAAUGAAAACAAAGAAACUAUGAAACAAGAGAAAGAGGAGUCUUCAGUAUCAACGGAAAAGGAAAACACCAACAGUGAGAAGAAAAUUGAACAGGUGGAAUCUACUGAUUUUUCAAACGCACAGGAGAAGAGCACUGACGAACAGAAGACUAAUGAAAGCCAGAGUGAAUCCGGCAAUGGAAAUGGCAAUUCGGAUUCUGAUAAAAAGGAAACAGAGAAUGAUACAGCAAAAACAGAGUCAGAGAAAGAGGAAAACAACAAGAAUGGCGAAACAGAGGAAAUCCAAAACCAUCAAGAACAGACCAGUGAAUCCGGCAAUGGAAGUGGCAACUCAGAUUCUGAUAAAAAGGACACAGAGACUGGUAUUGCAAAAACAGAGUCAGAGAAAGAGGAAAACAACAAAAACGUCAAGACAGAGGAAAUCCAUAACCAUCAAGAACAGACCAAGUCCGCUUUGGAUGAUAGUCUGCCUCAACCUAAGGAUACUCGAACUGAUCUAGAAACUCUUUCUGAAGCGAGCAACGGAUUAUCCAGCAACAAAGUUGCUGCUCUGUGAUGAUGUUUCUUAAAGAAGUGAAGUUGUUAUGUAUUGGUAUUAGCCAUAUUCUGUACUAUCCAGUUUUCACCAUAUGACGGGUCUUAAGUCCCAAUCAGUAGUAUUGAGUUUUUGAUAGUUAUCAAUACAUACUCUUAUAUCUAGUUCUGCCCCAGUCUCACUCUAUUAUCAUCAAAAAGUUUUCUUUUUUUUUAUUGAGAUUGAAUCACAAGAGAUUUGAAGGACACAAGUCUUGGAUAAUAAACCAAGCAGAGUAUAAAUUCUUAUUCCCAACAAAAGAAA